CUUGUAUUCGCCGUUUCAUAUCCUCACGACGAAUAGUUCUAAUAGAUACAACCUACACUUAAAGACUUGAUAACGCUGGACUGUUCGCUUACUUAACAUCUGGUUGUAGAUAGUGGUGCUGGCUCAGUAAUGGCGGGCUGCAAACUACUAUGUUUACUGCUGACAGUGGCGGUCCUGGGCGCCACUGCAGCAAAGAUUAAUGUCAACCUCACGGAUAAGCUGGUUGAUCUGGUGAAGAAGAAGCAGUUCGAUGGGUUUGUGGAUGAGUUGCAACGCGAUGAUAUGGACGUCAACCAGCCGGACUCGAAGGGUCGCCUGCCUCUAAUCGAGGCCGUGCGCACGAAGGAAAUCAAGUUCGUUGACGCUCUGCUGCAGUAUGGCGCUUUUGCCAAGUCGAAGGAUCCGGCUACUGGCGCGACGCCGCUGCAUGUGGCCUUCCAGCAGAACCUGCCCCAGAUCGCCCGCAUGCUGCUGCAGUACGGCGCCGACGUCAACGUGGAGGACAAGUCCGGCAAGAAGGCGCGCGAGUUCGCGCCCACCAAGGAGAUCCGCGAGCUGAUCGCCGCGUACGACAAGGACGGCCCCAUGGCCUUCGAGGACACCCCAGGCAGCUGGACCCGCGCCACCAAGCCCUCCACCGCCUCUCUGAGCGGCGAGUCCACCCCCGCGGAGGAGUACUGGUUCAACACGCGCACCGGCGACAGCCGCUGGAACACGCCCUCCUCCUGCGCCUGGCAGCGGGUGGACGUGCAGGGACACCCCAUCAAGUACGUGAACGCCAUCACCGGACAGGAGGUGCACGACGUGCCGCCGUCCCUGGCGUGGGUGAAGGUGCGUCGCGACACGCAGGUCAUGUACUACAACUGGAAGGUGAACGCCACGCAGCUGGCGGUGCCGGAGGAGGUGCCCAAGGACAUGCUGGCCGACAUGGACAAGAACAUCAACGUGCGCUGGUACAACGAGAAGACCGGCGAGUUCGCCUGGAUCGACCCCGCCUACCACACCGUCUGGCGUGAGCUCAAGGACGAGGAGUCCAAGAAGUCCUACUUCUUCAACGUGGAGACGGGCGAGAGCGUGUGGGAGCUGCCCGACGCGAUGGCCUGGACCCGCGUCAAGGACGACGAGACCGGUGACGAGUUCUUCCACAACCGCCUGACCCUGGAGUCGACCUGGGACGCCCCCGCCCACAUGGCCUGGGUGCGCCACGACUCCGACCUGUGAAGAUAAAGAAGAGGAAGAACUCCGUCGCGGCUUUCUGUACGGCAUAUGGCACAUCAUGUGUACGGCACCACUAACCACCACGGCGGUUGAUUUCGGUGUUUGCGGUUAGACCGUAUCCCCCCCAUGCAGCCAUGCUUCCUUCUUGCACGGGUUAGAAGUUGUUGAUGGUGGUGAUUAUGUUUCUCGGGUUCAGGUGCAAAGGUGUACAGGUGGUGGCGUUUCUUGGUCGUUCAAUGGCCCAUGGGCGGGUUUGUAGGGCAUAUACACCGAGCGGGCCCGCCUCCUUGCAUUCAAGUGGGCAGCUGGACACAGCAGCGUCGCCGGAUGAUGUUGGCAUGAAGCCUUAUUUGAUUGCGGAGUUGGGGGCUUAUUGGGUCUGGCACAGUGGAGCUUGGCGAGUUGCUGUUCAAACUGUUGUUGUAUGCAAACGGUCCAAAGCUGCGUGCAGCCGCGUCUUUUGCUGCUUUGCUGCAACUUACCCGGCUGACUCCAUUGCAGCUGAAGCGUGCGUGCGGCUUGGGCCUGCGCGGAAGGCUGGAACCGAAACCGAAUACAGGUGCAUUUGUUUGCGAGCGACGACUUUUGGGUUUUGUGUUAGGCGGGGUCGGUGACGUGCGACGCGAAAGGGGGUGACGAUCAGGGUACCGCACCACGGCCCUCCGGCCGUUGUUGUUGGGGCGCGACGGGGUUGGUCCAGUGUCCACCACCACACGGUGCUCCGCUGCAUAUCCGGCGAUGCAAAAGGGCGACCGGUACCACGUACAGAGCCUUGCUUGUUAACAAGCAGGGCUUCACAAAGCCGGGCGCCGUGUGCAGAACAUGGAUUGUAGGCCCCCUUGGUCGUCGCUUUACUCUUGGACCAUAUGCCGUACAUAGGUUUGCACAGUGCGAUCAGUGACGACGUUGGCGUCUGGAAUGAUAGCGCCAUGUGUCGAUGCAUGGCUUCUGUAAGGAGGAAUACCACA